AUGAACACGCACCAAUGGCUCAUUGAGCACUGCCCUCUGGGAGCCACAGGAAAUGAGAUGGAUCCAGUUGCAGGACCUACUGGCAACUCCGAUACACAGGAGACACCGAUUUGGCCACAAAGAUUACUAGUUCGAGUUGAUAGCCACCAUUCAACCCAAGAUACACCCGACUCGCUACACAGUAGCAACGAAUCGCGCGAAUCCGAGGAAGAAACAGCACCGAGCAGCACCCCCGCCACAUUAGAUACACAAGAUCACUAUGAAUUACACCCAAGUAUCAUCUCCAGUAUCGAAGCCCUCCUCCAAGACUCCGACAACGACAACGAACCAGUCGAUCUUCUAACCCCUUCAUCACCCCAAUCUUACCCCAUCUCGCUUGCUGAGCAACAAACCAUGAUACUCCACCAAGACCUCAUCUCCCUCUUCAUCCACCACCGCAUCGCCGCAACUACCUUUUCCGCCCCUUCCCCCUCCGCCCUCCUCGCCACCGAAGAAAUGGAAACCCUAAUGUCCCACUACGAAACCAACCUCAUCUCCCCCCUCUACUCAGGAAUCUCAACCCGCAUCCACACCAGCAUCCUCUACACCGCCUACAUAAUCUCCGACCGCACCUUCUUCCCGCGGUCCCCCUUUACCAGCCUAGCAUUCAGCUAUCUCAGUCCCCAACGCUAUCUGGUGAGUAGACUGAGGUACCAGAGGGUGUCGAGCGAGAUGUUGGUGGUGUUUCAGAAUUCGCAGACGCUAAUGAGGGAGCUGGAGGCGGUGAUGUGGGGGCGGAGACGGUAUUUGAGGAGGUUGAGGAGGUAUCCCGAGGUUGUGGCUAGGACGAUUUGGAUGUUGGAUCCGACGGUGACGCAUAGGUGGGUUGGGCCGUUGGUUUUGUAG